UGCAGUGCAGAUCCAGUAGUUGGACUUGUGUCGAGAACACGCGAGGCAGAAGAGAGGAGUACAGCGGCGGGGUGAGCAAGUCGAGGUAGAAACGCAACAUCGCACGAGACUAUUUGACUUUUGCAGCGAUCAACUCGAAGAGGAGCACGGAGAGCAACAACAACAACACCUGGUGUGGUGGACUCGAGCCGCCGGUGAAAAAGUCCCGAACGACCGUCUCAGCUGGCAUGAGCUAACCGAACCCACCAGACAGAAAUGGAAACCAAACCGUUCUUGUCAUUGGGGUUCCUGAAGCCCCAGUGCUCGUUAGCUCCUCCGAUGCAGCGAGGCCGCUCGAACGAAGCAUGUUCUUGUUUCAGCGGUAUGUGUUCCCUGCAUCAGCGACGCCUGUCCUCAGACUCAUCGGGUCAGAUGGGCUCCUCACCCCUGGGCUCGCCCACCUCCCAUCGAGGGAUGCACCAUUCGUUGCUCAGUCCCGCGAGCAUGGGGCCGUCCGGGUCUCUCCACUCUCCCAUCAGCACGUUGAGCUCGCCCAUGAACGGCCUGACCUCGCCCUUCUCCGUCAUCAGCUCGCCCAUGGGCCCCCACUCCAUGACCUCGCCCGGCAUGGGUUACGGUCCCAGCGUCAGCCCCCAGAUGUUCCAGCUGAACUCGCCGAUGAACUCGGUUAGCAGCACGGAGGACAUCAAGCCCCCGCUGGGCCUUAACGGGGUGAUGAAAGUGCCCGCUCAACCCUCUGGCACGGCCCUGUCGCUCACCAAACACAUCUGUGCCAUCUGCGGGGAUCGCUCCUCAGGUAAACACUACGGCGUGUACAGCUGUGAAGGCUGCAAAGGUUUCUUCAAAAGGACGGUGCGCAAGGACCUCACCUACACGUGUCGUGACAACAAGGAUUGCGUCAUUGACAAACGCCAGAGGAACCGCUGCCAAUACUGCCGCUACCAAAAGUGUUUAGCCAUGGGCAUGAAGAGAGAAGUGUUGUUACAUGCAGCCGUUCAGGAGGAGCGCCAGCGAGCCAAGGAAAAGAAUGAGAACGAGGUGGAGUCCACAAGCUGCGCCAACGAGGACAUGCCCGUGGAGAAGAUCCUGGAAGCCGAGCAGGCGGUGGAACCCAAAACCGAAACCUACAUCGACACCAACCUCGGGGUUCCGUCCAACUCGCCUAAUGACCCGGUGACAAAUAUCUGUCAAGCUGCAGACAAGCAGCUCUUCACGUUGGUCGAGUGGGCCAAGAGGAUUCCUCACUUCUCAGAACUGCCACUUGACGACCAGGUCAUCCUCCUACGAGCAGGUUGGAACGAACUGCUCAUCGCGUCGUUUUCGCACCGUUCCAUCGCCGUUAAAGACGGGAUUCUGUUGGCCACCGGGCUGCACGUACACCGGAACAGCGCCCACAGCGCUGGAGUGGGAGCCAUCUUUGACAGAGUGCUCACGGAGCUGGUGUCUAAAAUGCGGGAUAUGCAGAUGGAUAAGACAGAACUGGGGUGCCUUCGAGCUAUCGUCCUUUUCAACCCAGACUCCAAAGGUCUAUCAAACCCAAGUGAGGUGGAAGCUCUCCGAGAAAAGGUCUACGCAUCUUUAGAGGCCUACUGCAAACACAAGUACCCCGAGCAGCCCGGCAGAUUCGCCAAGCUGCUGCUGAGGUUACCGGCGCUGCGCUCCAUCGGCCUCAAGUGUCUGGAACACUUGUUCUUCUUCAAGCUCAUAGGCGACACGCCCAUCGACACGUUCCUCAUGGAAAUGCUGGAAGCGCCGCAUCAAAUGACAUAAUAACGGAGAGGACGGCGCUCGUCAUCUGCCUCCUCUUUGUUUCCCAGCAGGGUCCUGUUUUUUUUUUAAAUGUCCCACCUUGACUAAGACACAUCAUGUGAUGGUGAACAUCCCCCCCCCCCUACGGAAACAACAAUUUCAUUAUAGGUGUGUUUUUAUACCUUGUAAAGAAUUUUCAAUCAGAACUAUAUCUCAGAAGAGCACGCGGUGGAGAGAAGACAAAAGCAAUGUACUGAGCCAUUAUUAGCAUUUUCCCAGCAUCUUGACGAGAUGAUUGAGCAUCUUCACACAUUGAAGAAAAAAAAAAAAAACUUUCAGGGUGGGUGCACACAAAAACAUGGUGUGGACGUCAUGUUGAGACCCUCAGCCUGGUGAGCAGGACAAUCUUACAGACACUUGGAAAAAAACAAACCUCCCCGACUGGACUCAACACGUCUUGCACUAGUUGUUUCAAGAAAAAAAAAAAAAGGAGAGGGGUGGGGGGGGUGUCAGCUUUCCGGGAUGUGGAACUUAACAGGUGUGCUACAAAGACUGCAAGUGUUCACGAACCUCAGGUGUCCUGGCCCAGUUCCAAACCGAUCCAACCAUGUCUUACUGUAUCAACAACACUGUGCAAAAACAUCGUCGGCCAGGGCAACGUUUACCAAUCAGCCUAAGCAGGAACAAUCUUUGGAUCCAUCUUGGGAGUGGGCGGGGAAGGGGCGGGGCUUAUGUCAUGUACGUACAAUCUGCACGGUUGUUUGUGCACACAGGAAGAAGCCAAGGCAUUCUGCCUUUUUUUUUUUUUUGUAUGGCGUAUGAACUUUGCAAGGUAGCAAGUGUCACCUUUGUUCAUUUCACCAGCCCCCCCCCCCCUCCCCCCCAUCAUUGAUGUGAAUUCCGACCUCUCAACACUGCAGCUGUUAGCUUCUCAAGAUCACCUCAUCUCUUUCUACGCAGGAAGUUACAACCAGAAACAGUAUUUACAUGUUUGUUUUAUUUUUUUGGGGUUCCAUUUCAGAUCAGCACGAUUACCUCAGUUUGUUGAGCCUCCUCAUCCGGGCUCGCCCCGCUGACAUCAUCCAUAGAAAGAGAAGCGCUUGUCAUUGCAGCCGAGCGCUCUCUUUCUCGCUUUGUUUGUUUGUUUGUUUGUUUGUUUGUUACUUUGCACUUAACCUCAUGACAGAGCCGAUGUCAACACAUUUGACCUCCGGGGUGGGAAUCUGGCCCGUGGCCCAAUCAGGACGGUCCCACUUAUUUUCCCCUCUCUGUCUCGGCACCAUUGGUCCACGAUGAAAUAUGAAAUGUUUUCCAUAUGUCCGCUCAUAUUCUGCUGUUGCAGUGGCGUUCAUUUUGCCCGCGCCGUUUGGCUUGAUGGAAAGUUGACCAUGCAAAUAUUUUGCUCUCCUCGCACCCCCACUCACUCAUUUCUGGCUUUACAUUUUUUUUUUUGUAUAUACAGUAUCUAUAGAUAAUGGAGUCAAGGAAACAUGUUGAAUAUGAGAGUGGAAAAAAGAACACUAGAAUAUCUUUUUUUUUUUUCAUCUGCAUGUUCUUUCUUUCAUAAGCACUUUGAAGCAGUCAGGACCUGAGCACUGUGUUGCGUUAAUACUUUGGAGGUGUAACAGAGUCCGGGCUGUGCCACUUGAAUCGAUCUAUUAACAUUUCAGAUAGUUUUCUUUGAUUAUAAAAACUUCAAUCCACAUUCUGAUCUUCAGGUUAAUGAGCUUCACGCUAAUCGCAUUUGCUCUAAAAAAAAAACAUUAUGGGAGGGAGAAAAUCAUCAAAACAUAAUUGUAUUUUUUUUUCAUUUAAAUUUUAAACUUUUUAUUUUAUUGUCAACAUGGCCCAAAUACUCCCAAAGAAAAAAAGCAAUUAACAGUCCAUAAUGAUUCUUGUGGCAACCUGAAGACUCUGCUACUCUCUGACCAGGACACCAAUGACGUCAUGUUUGGUUUGGUUUCAGUCUGUUUUGUUGUUGUUGGUCCCGAAGGAAGUUCUGGACACAUGCGUGUAAAACUCUUUUGAUUAAGGUCCACUUUCACAGAAGGCCUUCAGCAGGGUAAAAAAAAAUCGGGUCGGAUUACAACCCCCUUUAAAAAGCAAGCUUCUCAAAAAGCCUGUUAAAACGACAGGCGAGCUUUUGGCGUCCUCUAGCGGAAAAUGUCUGCACUGCAACAUAACGUUUUUAAUUCCUUUUUUUUUAUUCCCCCAUCUUUUCAGAGGCGGCACUUUCUCACAGGGUUUAUGUGGCACAGUUUGUGCUUGCUAUUGCCAAAAAGGGAGAGAGAGAGUAAGAGAAAAGAGCAAUAACUAUUCAUGACUUAUUGGCAUGUCUCUGCAAGCAAGGUGGCCUGUAUUAUUAUUAAUAUUAAUACUAAUAACUAUCCAGGUGACAGUAUUGACUGCCAGUGUGAGCUCAGUUUACAGAACAGUAUUUAUAUAAUAAUUAUGCAUACAUAAGAAUAGUUUGUAUAUUGAAAAAAAUCCAUUUUUAGGGGAGGAGUCUUGCAGCUUUUGAGUCAGAAUUUUUAGCCGCUAAUUUCCCAGACAUAAUUUAGAAUGGGAGGGGGCGGGGGUUGCUUCUUUGGAGACUGUGAUGGUUGACACAUGCAGGUCUUGUAAGCCAUAAAAAAAUGUGGAUGACGUGUAAAACCGCCCCCAACAAGAAAUCAAACAUGACAUCAAAUGAUAACCUUCAUAGACACUUCAUAAUGUAAAAAACUAUAUUUUGUUAAUAUGUAUAUGUGUAUAUAUUUAUAAAUAAAUAUAUCAGCAGAACUGUUCCUUGAGUAUUUCCAGCAGCAAAAGUGAGAGGAGUCUUUCAGACCAAAAUGAUUCCACGAGUUUUCUGGUGUUUUUAUGCGAUUAUCAAGGAAGGGCAAUUUUGUGCAUUGCUGCCUUUCUAAGAAAAAGGAAAAAAACAACCAGCAGAAUCCCAGUAGCCCAAAAUGUGUACGAUAAACAAAAACCAGCUUUUCAGAUUAAUGGGACCUCUAAACUGUACAAAAAAAAGAUGGUUAGGGUGUCAGGAUGUGACCCUCCUGAAAAUGUGUUUUGCUUGGCAAUUGUAUGUUCAAAAAAGUGAUCAGGAAAAAAAAAAGCUGACCUUGUGACACAAUCACUGCUUUGUUUGGUGCUGACAGUAAACAAUUCAAGACAAUGUAAAAGUUUAAAAAAAAAAAACUUGAAGAUCUAUUUUUGUAGAAAAGUAAAUUUUAUCCCUUGCUUCUGUAAUUGUUUUUGUCCCGUUCUUCUUGUGGGCUGAUGUUUACGCAGACAAUAAUGUUGAGGAGGAGCCAGCACCUUGCUAAGAAACUGUGGCUUUUACUUUGCUGUGUUCGACUUAUCGCCGCCGAGUGGCAAACUGUCCCGUCAUACUUUUUGUGUCGACUUUUAAGGAGAUGAAAUUUUUGUCAUCUGUUCUUUGUGUGUUGUCCAAUGAAAUUUCAUGGACAGCGAAA